GCACGACCAACCCAGCGCCCAGAGUACAUAUACCUGUCCUCCUCGUCCUCCAUCGCCUAUGCCCCGUUCAUCGUCGUGCGAGUUCGCCACUCCUGCUAUCCAGCCCGUGCUAAACACUCAGCCUCCUCCCCCUCUGCCCGGCCCUCCUCCAAUCAUGCCCGAUCUCCCUUCCAGUCCUCGAAAAUCCAUUUCUUCUGCCUCUGCAAACGCCAGAUCGCAGCCGCAAAAGAAACCCGGAGCGCCCAAGCCAAAAGGCGCCGUCAGAGCAAAGUCGGGCUGCUAUACUUGCAGGAUUCGUCGAAAGAAAUGCGACGAGAAGCCCAAUGAGGCCGGUGCUUGCGAGACUUGCGUUCGUCUUAGGCUCCAAUGCCUUGGUUUCGGUGCAAAACGCCCCGAGUGGAUGAGGGAGAACAAUAGCGUGACUGAACUGCGAGAGAAGAUUAAGACUUUCCUCGCCUCCCAGGGCAUGAUCAAGGGUCACUCGGGCUCCGGUCCUCGUACUACUGACGGUGACCCUCCCGUUCUCGUCCUCGUCGACAAUCUUCACCCCCACGGUAACCCCUCUAGUCCACCCACGCCUACGCUCUCCACCACCUCCAGUGAUGGCCCUCAGCAUCAUCAACGUCCGCCUCAGCAGCACCCCUCUCAGAUGCCGUACGUAAGGGACGGCCCUCAUCAACCGCCUCAUCACUACGCUCCAAUGUCGCCGGAGGCUUCUUAUACCGCACCUCCCCCACCUCCUCCAAGGCCUAAUGGAACAUAUUCAUCUUUGCCAACAUCCUCACUGGUCCCCUCAUAUACUCAUCAUCAUCAUCAACAGCAACAGCAAUAUCAUCGACCUACAAACCCUGCGGUGAUCAGUUCCUUUUCUUCCCUUUACAACCCACCUUAUCAUUUCUCUGCUGAUGACGAUGAGCUUGAGCCGACCAACCCUGUUACAGAAUCCAUCUCUCCCUCUAUCUACGACUGGUCCAUCAUGGGCCCCUCGAUUCCUUCCGACCAGACUCCACUUUUACGCCACUACCUCCAAAACGUGAUGCCCAUGCAGUACAUGCUCGCCGAUGCUUCAAUCUCGGAUUUGAUGUACAACCUGUUGCAAUCCAGUGCAUCUGCGCGAGACGCUGCAUGUAUGCUAGCAGCGUUCCAUGUGCACUCUAUGCGCAGCAGUAGCAAUAAUUCUCAAUCCUUGGUGCCUGCGUUCUUUGAACGUUUGAGAGGUAGCCUGGCGAAUAAACAAAGCUACGCGGAAGGUGAUGCGAUGGCGGGUCUUCAUGUCGUUUCUACAUACUUGUUUUCAGGUGGUAGAGGCCCGUGGAACGUAUACCUCGGGAUUGCUAGUCAGUACGUGCGGGACGUGCUAAGUAACCCAAAGUUCUUUGGACCGGAGGACGUUCUCAAGACUUGCUCCGAGAGUACGCGGUUCAUAAUCAAGACGACGAUGUGGUUCGACGUUUUGGCGUCGGUCACCACACAACAAGUACCCACCUUCCUCAAGGUCUAUCGUGAAUUAUUCGGACGCACGGGCGCGUACAUCGAUGAUCCUGCACCGGAAAUCUCAAUGUUACCUGUGAUGGGUUGUGAGAACCAUAUCGUUCUUGCCAUCGCGGAGAUUUCGAAUCUCGCAUACUGGAAAAGCGUGCAACAACAAAGAGGAUCUUUGAGCAUGCCUGACUUGGUCGCUCGCGGGUUGGAUAUCGAGGAGAAAUGGUUGAAGGCGACGGCAUCGCCGUUUCCCAGUCCUCCUUCCCUCCCAGCACAUAUAGAAACCAAUUUCGGAAGUUUGGGCUUGGGAUCUCAGAAUGGCGCCAGGCAUCAUGCUAAUGGUGUUAACGUGAACGUGAACGGGAUCAAUGGUGUCAACGGUGUCAAUGGACAUAAUGGCGUUAACGGCGGCGCCGCCCAUCGUCCUCCUCCUACCCCUACCACUACCACUACUACCACCACCGCCAAUUUGCACCAGAACGAAAGUGAUAUCGCAGUCGCCCACAGACGAAGACUAACCAACGACAUAUUCCGCGCAUCAGCUCGAGUCUACCUCCACACCGUCCUCAGCGGGGACUUCCCCUCCUGUCCCGAAAUCAUGAAAGCAGUGGCAGACACGAUCGAAUGUCUUUCACGCGUCCCGCGGGAUACGCCUUCAGUCCAUCGAGGCGUCGUACGCAGUGUGGUCUUUGGGAUUUGUAUUUGUGGGUGCUUGACGGAUGAUCAGAGGCAGCGCAAGUUUUUGUUGGAUUUGUUGGAUAGUCAGCAGAAGGAGACGGUGGGGAACGUUUCGGAGGUUAGGUGUUUGAUGGAGGAGGUUUGGCAGAGACGGGGGGAUAAGAGGGGGCCUGUUAAUUGGAGGGAGGUUAUGAGGGAGGGGCAGAAGGAAUUGCUUUUGCUUGUUUGAAUCCCUCUCUGUGCCCCUCUCUCUAUCUGUCGGAAUCUCGUCGUCUUUCUCUCUCCGUGGUUUGGAGUCUUAUGGGUUUGCUGCUGAAUUGUUGUGUUCCUCGUUGCUUUGGCAGGUCACCGCCAAGGAACGGUCCCGUCAUCUGGCUGGCACAUGGCAAUGGCUAUUCUUGCACGGUGGCGGCGGCACCUUGGGCGUCGUCGGACAGACGAUAGGACACAGAGAAAAUCGUGCGCAAUUUGUUGCUGGAUGUCUUUUUUUUUUUCGCGCUUUGACAAGGGCAAGGGGAGGAUCCGGUUUCUGCGUUUCACCUUUCAAUCCAAUAAUUUAGUCUCGAUCUCAAUCUCGACUUCCUUCUCACUCCCUCCCAAUCAAUUGGCAAAGAAAACAAAACAAAAAAAAAAGAGAAACCCUACAUACAGUAACUUCGUGCGCUACGGUCAAAUCGCCAAUUCCUUCCCUCCGCGCUCAUGGGCUCUUCCGUUUUCAUCGUAUCUAUCGAAAAUUCCCCGGACUCUGCCUGCCUGCCUUUUGAUAUCUAUCCCUCUAUCUAUCCCUCUAUCCUCUCUAACUCUAUCUGAGAUUUGGGCUCCUCCACUCUUUUCCCGUUCCCUGUUCGUCACCUUUUCUUCACCUCCCCCCUCCCCCCCUUCAUACCCGACUGUGAUUUUCCUGUGGUCAUAGGAUUUGCGGUCGGGUUCGUCUUUCCAUCCUCGGUUCAGUAUUGUCCCCAAUCGUUCCACCGGUCGUCUUCAAGUCGUCUCAUUAUCUCGUGUUGUUCUCAACAUCGGAGCGUUCGAUUCUCCUAUCGUGCCAUCUUCACAUCACUUCCUUGUUGACCUUUCUUCUACUCGCUUCCGCUUUCUGGUUCCUUUUCACGUUCAAAUGUCUGGGUUUGGAUUUGUCUUUGUUUUUUUUUUGCUGUUCUUGGUUUGGAUCUGGUCUCCGUGCUCCAUCUUUCAUUUCUCUGGUCCUUUCUUGGUUUCGACCGUCUGUAUUUCGUUCCUCAUCUUCAAAAAAAAAACCCCCACUCCACCAUCUUGUCUAUCGCUCAUACCUUCCAACUCCACCCCAUUACCCUAAUCAUAUAUCACUCUCAUGACAUACCACGAUACCUCUGGCUAGGUCUAUGCCUCUUCCGGUUUAUGAUCCCCUUUUCCGGCCUUCUUUCAGUCUGCUCAUGCUCAAAAAUUCGUCUUGACACUAUGGAUAUGCACUCUUCAUUGCUCGAUCUUCCUCAUCCUCGUCUCCAUUUCUCUUGUAUCUGCUUCCGCUUUUAUCCUUGCUUCCAUCCUCGUUCCUUCUUAGUCCCAUUUGCCCCUGCUCUCGUAGUCCAUUAUCGCUUCCGCUUGUUUUCUUUGUAUCUCGUACGCGUAUACUUGCCAGCUUUGCUUCUCGUCGCAGUUUCCUCGACUUGUACAGUAAUAUGUACUUGUACUUGUAGCAGCCUCGGAUACAACCCCCUUAGAUUAUCAUCAUCAAUACACAGUACGUUUUCCGUGC